AUGGGGAACAAUUUAAAAUGGCGGAUCGGGAGUAAAAUCGGAGUUUCCACCCACUUCGUUUCUUUCUUUCUUUCUUUCUUUCUUUCUUUCUUUCUUUCUUUCUUUCUCGUAUUUCGUUCUUUCUUUCUUUCUUUCUUUCUUUCUUUCUCGUAUUUCGUUCUUUCUUUCUUUCUUUCUUCCUUUCUCGUAUUUCGUUCUUUCUUUCUUUCUUUCUUUCUUUCUUUCUUUCUUUCUCGUAUUUCGUUCUUUCUUUCUUUCUUUCUCGUAUUUCGUUCUUUCUUUCUUUCUUUCUUUCUUUCUCGUAUUUCGUUCUUUCUUUCUUUCUUUCUUCCUUUCUCGUAUUUCGUUCUUUCUUUCUUUCUUUCUUUCUUUCUCGUAUUUCGUUCUUCGUUCUUUCUUUCUUUUUUUCUUCCUUUCUCGUAUUUCGUUCUUUCGUUGUUUCACCAUUACAUUUCUUUCUUUCUUUCUUUCCAUCAUUCUUUCAUUCAGUUAUUCCUUUGCAUUAUAUUUCCUUCCUUCCUUCCUUCCUUCCUUCCUUCUUUCCUUCCUUCCUUCCUUCCAUCCUUCUUUCUUUCUUCCUUCCUUCCUUCCUUCCUUUCUCUUUUUUCUUUUCUCUCCCCCUUUUUUUCUUUUUCUACUGUAACAACUUAUUUUUCAUUCAACCCGUUUCGCCUUCUUUCUUGCCUUCGUUUUUCUUUCACUUUCUUUCUUUAG